GGCGGGGCUUGGGAUCGUGAAGGACCUUCGGAGCCUCGAGUGGACCUGGGAGGAAGAACUACCAGGGUCUGCAGUCCCCCAGGGAGCUGAGCAAGAUGUCUCCGGGUUGUGGGGAUGAGAGGGACACCGUGAGGGCUGCAAGUUCUCCGGCCCUGUUUCUUGGAAGAUGAGCCCCUUCCUUCUGGAAGGCGGCAGUGUGUCCCAGAUGCCUGUGGCUGAGGGCAAGAGUGUCCAGCAGACCGUGGAGCUCCUCACCCGGAAAUUGGAGAUGCUUGGGGCAGAGAAGCAAGGAACAUUUUGUGUGGACUGUGAGACCUACCACACAGCUGCCUCCACCCUUGGCAGCCAAGGUCAGGCUGGGAAGCUGAUGUAUGUGAUGCACAACUCAGAGUAUCCUUUGAGCUGCUUCGCCCUCUUUGAGAACGGCCCUUGCCUUAUUGCUGACACCAACUUUGAUGUGCUCAUGGUGAAGCUCAAGGGCUUUUUCCAGAGUGCCAAAGCCAGCAAGAUUGAGACCCGGGGCACCCGUUACCAGUACUGUGACUUCCUAGUGAAGGUGGGCACGGUCACGAUGGGGCCCAGCGCCCGGGGCAUCUCUGUGGAGGUGGAGUAUGGUCCCUGUGUGGUAGCCAGCGACUGCUGGAGCCUGCUGCUUGAGUUCCUACAGAAUUUUCUAGGCAGCCACACGCCCGGGGCUCCCACAGUGUUUGGGAACAGACACGACGCCGUGUAUGGCCCAGCAGAUACCAUGGUCCAGUACAUGGAACUCUUCAAUAAGAUCCGCAAGCAGCAGCAGGUGCCGGUGGCUGGGAUUCGUUAGUGACUGGCAGCUGCCUGGCU